AUGCCACCAUCAACUGAAAGACCCGAGUACUGGCCAUUGCCAUUCGUCGUCCGCUUCAACCACGAAAACGGCAUCGCGCCCUACAAUGGUGCCGUGGCCAUCACUGCCAAUUCCAAAGCUGUUACCCCGGAGCAAGCUUCCAGAUCCCCUGCUAUCAGUAAAGCUUUCGCCGGAUGUCAAGCUGUGGCCAAGCUGCUCAAGGUCACCGCGCCGAUCAGGAUUGACGUUCCGCAGCGAGCAGACGAGGCGGAGAGUCCGUUUGUGCUGUUUGAUGUUAAUAUGAAGCCGAAUAUGACGGCGCCUGGAAGGCCGGGGAGAGAUGAUCAGGCGAGUUUGACGGCUUUGGCGGCUGCGGAAGGAGGCUAUAAUUCUGCUGAGUUGCUGAGGAUGAUUUUGGGGAGUGCGAGAAAGUUGGAAGAGUUGAGAGGAACGGACCUGCCAAGGUGGAGCGAACAGUAG